AUGGCUAAUAGAUCCGUGGUUAAGGUUUUUGAAGAGCUGGGGCUCGUCUCUCUCUGGAAUUCAACAAUCGACACGAAAUUGCUCUGCAUCCAGCGAUUCGUCCGACUCUUUGCUUAUGGGGGGACAAAUCUUAUACUCGUCCAGUAUUUGAUUCUUCUGGGAAUUCCCAAAGCGAAGAUCGGUCUCUUUAUGACCUUGACCCUUGUUGGAGAUACGGUCAUCAGUUUCAUCUUGACAAUUUUCGCAGAUGGACUUGGUCGGAAAUUCAUUCUUUCGUUGGGGGCAGCGUUGAUGAUUGGCAGUGGGGUCGUGUUUGCGUUAUCUGGGAAUUAUUGGGUUCUGCUUGUUGCGGCUAUUGUGGGCGUUAUUAGUCCAAGUGGAAAUGAGAUUGGCCCCUUUCGAGCAAUUGAAGAAUCGACCCUCGCACACCUUAUACCUGCUGCAAACCGUGGCGAUGUAUAUGCCUGGUAUUCAUUGAGUGGCAGUUUGGGGACGGCUGUCGGAUUUAUCACAUCCGGAUGGCUGCUCCAGUACAUGAAGGAUCAGUUGGAUUGGGACGACUUAAGAGCAUAUCGGGCCGUAUUCUGGGCCUAUGCAGUCGUGGGAGCUGUUAAACUAGUCCUGGCCUUGGCUCUCAGCCAGGCUGUUGAGCUUGAGGCCAAGCAACUUGCUCCUGUGGAGGCUUCCGAGACUACGGCACUUCUUGGCAACGGCGCCGAGGAGGUGGGGCCAAAGAAAUCUACUAUUCGAUCGAUACUACCAAAUAUCAGCAAGGAGAGUGUAGUUAUUUUGAUAAAUUUGUGUUUUCUUUUUGGGCUGGAUUCCUUCGCAUCAGGCCUAGCGCCACUUUCUUGGUUGACUUUCUUCUUCCACGAUAAGUUUAAUCUUGAGGUAGGGAAACUAGGAUCUUUAUUUUUCACGACCAGCAUAAUUACAGCCAUUUCGAUGAUCCUAGCUUCCUCAAUUGCAAAGAGGUUAGGAAAUAUCAAGACCAUGGUAUUUACUCACCUGCCGUCUGCUGUUUUACUCGCCCUCAUUCCGGUACCAAGCUCCCUUCCGAUUGCAAUGCUCUUCCUCAUCCUGCGAUCUUCUACGCAACAAAUGGAUGUAGCACCCAGAGCUGCUUUCUUGGCGGCUGUUGUUCUGCCACACGAGCGGACAGCCGUAAUGGGUAUUAUAAACGUUGUUAAGACGUUCGCUCAGAGCCUUGCUCCGUUUAUAACUGGUAUAUUAGCGGGUCAUCAACUGCUCUGGGUUGCAUUUAUCGCAGCAGGUUCGUUAAAAGUUACUUAUGAUUUGGGUGUGCUGGUCGUGUUCGUCAACCACAAAACUCAUGAUGACCGAGCUGAGGAGCAGCGACAAGCUGAGGAAGAGGAAACGCUAAGGGGGAGCGAGGAUGAAGAUGAACAAUAA